GCCCCCGGAAGUGAUGCGGAGGGACGCAGCCUCGCCGGGAUCGCGGCGGUGAGUGACCCGCGCCGCGGCUCUGCCCUGCGGGGACGCGGCGGGACGGGGUAGGACUGGGCCGGGGCGGCGGGGUCCGCGCUCUGCCCCUCAGCCCCGCGGGGGCCCCUCGGCCGCCGCUGCCGUCGCCGCCGCCGCCCCCCCCCUGACGGCGGGGCGUCCCUCAGCCCCGCGGGCGGCAGCCGCCGCUGGGCCCGGCCGGGAACCGCAGCCUCGCCCGGAGCUGCCACGCGGAGCGGCCCCUCCCGUCUGUGCGGAGCCGGAGCCUCGGAGCGAGCCGUGCGUUCGGGCGGGGCCGAGCCGCCGGUGGGGGCUGCCGCGUUCCGUCCGAGCCGCCCUCGGUAGUGGCCCCGGGCAGCGCGGCCGCUUCGCUCGGGAGGUCCCCGCACGCGGCCUCCGGGCCCCAGCGCUGGAGAGACCAGGAUGUGGUGCAGGACCAUGUCAAAGGCCUUGCAGGCCAUCCAGGCAGAUGACACCAGAUGCCCUUCCUUUGUCCACUGAUGCCAUCACUCCAUCACAGAAGGCCACCAGAUGGGUCAGGCACGACCUUCCCUUGGUGAAGCCGUGCUGGCUGUCUCAGAUCACCCACUCAUCCCUCAUGUGCCUUAGCAUCUCUUCCAGGAGGAUCUGCUCCAUGGUCUUCCCAGGCACAGAGUGUUCCAUGUGGAUCCCAGAGGGCCUGCAGGCGGCUGUGAAAGCCAAUGGAAGGACUCCCUGCAUAGCCGGAAUGAUGUUGGCAGAUGGCCGCUAGUGGCAUGGUGCAAUGUGCUGAGGGGUGGCCGCGGGGCUGUGGCACGGCGAGGAGGCUGCUCUGAAUGAAGCCGGGCUCCCUGCACCAUGGGCCAGUGUGUCACCAAGUGCAAGAAUCCUUCGUCUACCCUCGGCAGCAAAAACGGGGAAAGGGAGACGGGCAGCAAAUCGCAUAGCAAGAGAAGUGCCCACAAAGAUGACCAUGCUUCAGCAUGUGGGAAGUCCUCGGGAGAUAUACUUGUGAAUGGGACAAAAAAAGCAGAUGCUGCUGUGGAGUCCGGUCUGCCUUCAGCAUUUUCUGGGGAUACAAAGAAAGACUCUGUCUCCAGCACGGAAGAAUCGUCCCUCCAAAGGAUUGGAGAGUUAUUUAGGAGAUACAAGGAUGAACGGGAAGAUGCCAUAUUAGAGGAAGGAAUGGAACGAUUUUGCAAUGACCUCUGUGUUGAUCCCACUGAAUUUAAAGUGCUAGUUCUGGCUUGGAAAUUCCAGGCUGCUACAAUGUGCAAAUUUACAAGGAAGGAGUUUUUUGAAGGCUGUAAAGCAAUAAACGCGGACAGCAUCGAUGGCAUUUGUGCACGGUUCCCUGGCCUCUUACACGAAGCCAAGCAAGAAGAUAAAUUCAAGGAUCUCUACCGCUUCACCUUUCAGUUCGGCCUGGACUCUGAGGAAGGACAGAGGUCGCUGCAUCGGGAAAUAGCCAUUGCCCUUUGGAAAUUAGUCUUCACCCAAAACAAACCCCCCAUUUUGGACCAGUGGUUGCACUUCCUAGUUGAGAACCCCUCAGGAAUCAAGGGAAUUUCCCGGGACACAUGGAACAUGUUUCUAAAUUUUACUCAGGUGAUCGGACCAGACCUUAGCAACUACAGCGAAGACGAGGCCUGGCCGAGUCUCUUCGAUACGUUUGUGGAGUGGGAAAUGGAGAGGAGGAAAAAGGAAGAGGAAACCAAAUGUAUUACAUCUUUGGACACAGAGGGUCUGUGUACAGAAGAACAGACUUAACAGCAUUUAAGCGGCAGUGACAAAAGCAACCCGUUGCCCUUCAUGAGAUGUAAACUCUGGAUGUUUCUGGAGGUUACCGAGUCUCCAGAUUUUUUUUUCUACUUUACACCUUUUUCUGCCUUGUAUUCGAAAGGGCUCUAAAAUGCUGUAUCAUGUUUUAGGCACUUUCUUAACUUUGGUUAUUCCUUUUACUCUUACCCUGAAAUAUUUGACCCUGGCUACAAGUUAAGCAUUUUUGUUAAGAUUUCAGAUUAGUAUAAGUAAGUCUGAUAUUUCUUGCACAAUGUAGAUCUUUUUAGUUAGGUUAAAUUAACAUUGCUAAAUUAUACAGUGCCAGAUUAAGUUUUUCAUACUACGUCUGUCAGGGCAGGUCUGUACUGUGUGUAGUGCUGUUUACAUUGUUGAAAAUUUAGGCUAUAAUAAUUAAGGUUUUAUACCAAGAAUAUAGCAGUGUUAACUUGAAAUGCAUUAAUCCCCUCCUAAUAAGGCUCUUAAAACAACAACAACAAAUCCAACAGCAUAAGCAACAGCUUUUUGUAAUGUGGCUCAUUGCCACUCGAAGCUAACUCCUUGUGACCGAGUCCAAAUCAUUCCUUUUUAUUUUUAGUUUCAAACUAAACAUUGGGACUGUUUUAUAAAGUUACUGUACCUGUCAGUCAACUGAGUGGUAGAUGAGGAUUUGUAUUGAAAUCUGACACAACAUGUAAUAAAAGAGCAGUGCUACCUCAGUUUUAUUGAAAGUGGACUUCUUGGUGGACUUCCAUUUUGUUUGGAAGUUUUAUUUUUGUGGUUACAGGAGAGUAUUUUUACUUGACUAAAAGAACCAAAGGUUCUGCUUCUUAAGUUUCUUAAACAUUGACAGAAGCAACACACAAAGCCUAAGUCUUCAAGGAAAACUGCGGUAUAAUUCUGCUUUAAUUUGUUUGAUUUAUACCUAAAGCAUUAUCUUACUUGUCUGGCAAGCACAGUACUUCUAUGUGAGGAACCAAUUUUUUUAAAUCUAUGCUUAAUUGCUAAAUUGCAGUUAAUACUCCACACUUUCUGGAGCAACAAUAUUGGCAUCUGAUGACAAAGUGAAUUCGUAAUGUGUUCUUAAUGACAACAGUGUAGACGAGUCAUUUUUAGACUGAUUUAAUAAUAUUUGGAUAGGAGUAAAUUUAUUAUUUUACAAUGCCUGUAUUGGGACUAUUUGCCUGUUGAAACUGUUGUGACUUAAAGGGAAUUUUAUUAACACUGGUUGAAGCUUUUUUUGGUUAUCGAUGUUACCUUUUUUAAUUGUAAUACGUCAACUUUUUUACACAUUUUGGUAAAAAGGGAUAGUUGCCAAGGCUUCCCAUGAAGCCCAGUAUGGAACUCAUGAAGCCAAUACACGUACAUCACACACCUUUCAUUUUCACAGCUGUACUUCAGGAUUGUAAAAUGGCUUCAAUGAAAAAUCAAAAGCAACAAAAACCCUCAAAGCUGAACGGUCGUCUCUAGCAUCUCAUGGGUUCUGUGGCAGUGUGUAAAGCUAAAGGAAGCCAAACUUCCAGCAGUGAGCUUGUUGUUGGGUCCUGGGUGGUGUGCAGUGCAUGUCCGCUGCUGAGCUAGUGGAGUGUUUGCCUGACUUCUGUGCUGGGCUCUGCUGAUGGACAGCCUGCAUGGCAGCUUGGGGCAGAGCUCGUACAUCAGUUAUAAUCUCUGGCUGUCUAAAACUGCUUAAAAACAAGUCCACAAUGGCUGAUGGCAUCUCUUCCUCCUAGUAACAGGAGGGCUUGGUCCAUGCUGCUUUAGCAAGCUCUUUUUGGGAGAGUGAAGCAGUGGGGAGCAAAUAGAGGCCUAGCCAAGCCUGUCCCUAGGCAGGAGGGGGCCCAGCUCAGGUGUUACAAGCAAAUCUGCCCCAAGGGUGCCCUGCUGCUCUCAUCCUCCAUGCUGCCCUAACGGCACUAACGCGUUUUGGCAGCAAAACUGAAUCUUGGUUUGGUGAGCAAAGCAGGCAUUUGUGCUGUUAGAGUGGAAUCGAUGGGGGGAGGCUUCUGCUGGUGCUGGUCUUUAGUUAAGCAAGAGAAACAACUCUCCAGCAGAGGCCGCUUCACUAGUGAAAGCUCCAAAUGGAGGCCUGAGCUGAUAGUAAAUGAAGGCUAUAUGAAGUUUGGGACAUUCAUUCAGCUGCUCAGCGCUUUGUUCAUUGCUUCAUUUUUUUCCUAAGGGUAGUUAUAAAGUGUUCAGUGCAUGGAAGCUGUGCUCACCCAGUGCAGGGUGCAACUCUGCACACACAGAGUUAGGGCAGUGACUGCUGCUUUAUCUGCACAAUGAACUGCAGCAGCUCCAGAAGGGAGGGAUUAGAGAUCUCUGUGGAACACAUUUAUCUGGUGGUCUGGAACAUGGAUUGCAGUAAGGAAAUAAAUUUGUAGCACAUCAAGGCAUAGCCAUUUCAGUGCAUCAGACACAACACAGCUUCCUUCUUUAGACAGUGGUGUUGAGUAUGCAGGAAGGGAAAAUAUUUUCUCUGGGAGGCAGGGCAUGCAGCUGUCAGUGACUUCUCCUCGUGUGCUGAAAGCACAGAACAGAACUGCCCACAGCUGGGCCUGGCAGAGUGCUGUUGGUUUCAGUCUGGCCUUGGUGCUUACAACGCAGUUACAGGACGCAAGCCAGACCCGUGUCUGCUUUAAACUCCUGGAGCAGGAGCUGUGGUUAUGGUGCAGCUCUUCCAUAGCAGUGCUGGGGGGCACCAGGCUUGGUGCUCCUACCCCUGGUAGCCCUGCCCUUCUGUGCCGCUGCAGUGCUGCUUCAGAUGCGCUUCUGCAGAGUCUGCAGCAAUGCUGGAGCCUCUGAAAACGUGCUUGCCUAGUGGUUGAACUGUGAAUAGUUGUGGAAGAGGCGCAAUGCUUUUGCUCUCCAUAUAAUCAGUCUUUAAUGGCCGCAGGACUGGAUCGAGCAGUGAUUGCAGAUCAAGUGCUCAAAACCAUUGGAGCUAUUUAGUUUAUUUCUUAGAGUAUGCAUUAGAAAUCUUGAUGCAUGGAGUGAAUCUGCUGCAACUUGGGAUAACUAUAGAUAACUAUACAGAUCAUUGUAGGAAUCUACUGGGAAUGUGAUCUGACAUCCACACUAUGGCGUUUUAUUGCCUUCACUUAUACACAAAGAAGUGCAACUUGUGCAAACUUUACUCCCCAGUACUAAAGCACUGGGCACUGUGCAGUGUUACUGCAGUGCCUUGACAGCUUGGCUCAGUGGUGCCAGUUCCUCCUGCGGGUGUGAUUUUGGGUUGAAGACUGUUGAUGGAUUGAUUCAAGUGUGGAUUUGAAAAAUUCCACCCAGAGUUGGCCAUCAAACUUGAUGAGUAACUUAAUGGAUACUGAAUGUGGAACUGUGCGUUUAUUUGCUGCUGGUGCUAUUCUUUGUAGAGAAUUAGAACUUUGUAGUACUGUGCAAUGGUAUGGAGAGAACCCAAGGGAAAAGAGAGGAGUGUGGCAGGUGGCAUGGGACCUGCUGGGGCACGAGCUGCUGUGGGUUUGUCCCAACUGUUGCUGUGGCCAUCAGAGCCCCAGGGCUCCACAGAGCGCAGGACAUGUCUCACCUGCUGCUCCUGUGCAUUGACUGCUAACAUGAGCGUCUUCCUUAUGGUUCUAAGCCUUGUUUCCAAAAAAUAACUCCAAACAAACGAGCAGAGUUGAACACCGCAUGGUUAGUGGCUGCCUCGGGUCUGACGCAGCGUGCUGGCUGAGGCUGUGCCAUUCGUAUUCACUGGAAGAGAACAGGCAUUGUGAAGGUCUGGGUCUUGCAGUCCUGUGUUCUGCGACGUGGCCUUUGUGGCAGGAAUCCUUGAUCAGUUGGGUACCUGAUUCUUUUGAGCUCCCUCUGCUUGAAAUGUGUGCACGUGAACUUUUCCUUUCAUAUUGAAAAGGAAGAUGCUUAGCCUGAAACUGAAAAUUGUUCAGUGUUUCAAUAUACAGCAAAACACAAAUUUUGAAGGCUUUUGUUCUUUUCAAGCAAGUAGUAAAAGAUAAGUGUGCUUAUUUCUGUUGUGUGCAGAGACACUGGUGUUAAUUUUUUUUCUCUGGAUUAUCAAAGAUUGUAUCUUUGUUUUUAUAUUCUCAGUUGAAGUGAAAUACAUGAGAUUGUAAGAUGGGAGGCCAUAACUCCUUCACCGUGAAGUACGUAGGUAUCUCUACCUCUUGUUAGACUUGAAUAGUUCAAGUUGACCAUCCUUCUCUCCCAGGCUGUGAUGCUUGGAUAAGUAAUGUACACUUUUUAAUUGACCCCUGUUAAGUGUUACCUAUUUACCUUACUUUUUGGUAUCCUGCUUUUAGUCUGCAUGCAGUCAACCCUUUGGAAGGGAGCAAAGCCAAGCUGGUAAGGGACACGUCAGUCCUCCAGGGAGUGAGUUUUGGAGUGCAGUGGUGAGCGGAGCCGCUCCCUUGUGGCUCAGGGCCUUUCAGCAUCGUGCCUUCUCUUUCCAUUUCAGGCCACAAUAAAUGGGAGACAGAGCAACUGCUCCCCAAGAAGGGACUGUUUGGCCCUUUCAUUUGCCCUUGAAAAGCACCAGGAACCCACCUGAUGCAGUGCUAUGAGCUGUGACAACAAAAAGUGAAGGCUGCAAAAGUGUGAGGGUUGCACAGCUGCUGCUUCCUCCCUGCGCUCGGUGUCUGCUCGGGAUGAACGCCGUAUGCUUAAAGCAGAGUUGAGAGUGCUCGAGCAUGCUGGAGAUGCCGGGAGGUUCUCCUCCUUUUCUGUUCUUAAAAAGCUUCUAUCUUUGCAUAAUUGCACCCUGGAGAUAAAAUCUCUUUCUAGAUGACAUGCAUUUUACACACAGAAAAAACACAUUUGUCUGCAAUGCUCUUGCUUGCAGAUUCUCCUUGGGCUGUGGGUUGGCUGCGGCUGGGACAGCGCACUUGAAUGUUGCCGAUGGAGCUGUCCCUGUGCCACGGGAGUGGCUCUAGUUAAGCUUAGCUAUCUUAAAAAUAUACAUUCUUUCUUAUCUGUAAGUUUAAAUGGUCUCUCAGAAAGAAAAUGGGCCACCAGGAGUGGUGGGAAGGCCUCAUGCUGCGAGUUGUCCAUUAUUCAGAGUUCCAAGAGAGAUGGAUGUGACUGCAGGAUGAGGCUCUCACCUGGCACUGCUGGGCUCCAUCCCGGCCGACCUGGGGCACAAAGUGAGCCCGCAUUGCUGCAGCUGCACGGAGUGGGAGGGAGCACUGACAGAGCCAGCCCGGAGAGCUGCAGCUCACAGCACAGACACUUGUUGUGAAGCUCAGCCCCAGCAUGGCCGCAUCGCCCUAUAUGGAACGAAUGUGUUUUGGUAGUGUAUCUACUCUCGGAGAAGUAAAUAAUUGUAAGGAAACAGUGAAAGCAGCACACCUUUGUGCAGCUUCCACCGAACUGUAUGUGAACACAGCUAGCUUCCAGUCUCCUCAGUAAGCCCUCAAGGGUACUUGGGAUCAAAUCUACCGUUUUCCGUAUCGGGAGUAAUCCUUGCUUUUCGGACUUAUCAGCAGAUACCACUUCUGAUCCACUUUUCUCACCCUGGGAAAUGAUGAAUGUAUUGUCGUGGAGCAGAACCAAGCUUCCUCCUCCAGCCGGCACCAUCACAAGUUGCUGCGGAGUUGUAAUGCUUGAAAUGGCUGCAGAUAAUUCUUUUUCAUGCAGGAUGUCUUUAUCGAGGGAUGUGCCCAAGUGUGAAGCCGUGAUCUGGAGAAGUGGGAAAAGUUUGAGGUGACGCAUCUAUACUGAGUCUCAUCUGCUUUGUUGUUUUACAAAUACUUCUGUUGUUGUUUUGCUCACCAUUACCGUCUGGAACAGAAUGGAAACAGCAUCCCACAGAAUGUGCAAUCUGAGGCACAGUGCACAUAGGUUGUGAUGAGAAGGUUGUUGUUACUUGAUAGCAAUCCUGAGUGCAAUGUUCGGUCCCUUUUGGAAGAAAAGCAUUAAGGUUUUUCUUUACUUACAAGCAAAGCAUCAGUUUGUCCAUUACUGACAUCUUGUGGAGUUUGUGCCAGAUGUAUAUUAAAUAUUUUGGUGCUUUUUCUAA